CACUAUCUAUCUGCUCGCUUGCAAAGCACACUCACUCAAUGGGGUCAUCAUCAAAACCCUUUUGUUUUCUUUCUAUCCACUACUGAUCAGAUCUCUCAAAAUCCAAGAAUGUAUCGAUUCAUCUUCUUCUUCUUCUUCUUCUUGAUCUCUUUCCUGUCCUUCCAUCGCUGUAAUUGCCGAAUUUUCACCUUCGAGAUGCACCACCGUUUCUCUGAACCCGUUAAAAGAUGGUCUCACGCCUCCUCCGGAAACGUCUCUUCUAUCGAUUGGCCGACAAAGGGUACUAUCGACUACUACGAACGACUCGCCGACCACGAUCGUCUCCUCCGUGGCCGCCGGAUCUCCGAAUUGGUACACGACACGCUUCUCACUUUCUCCGACGGAAAUUCCACUUUUCGCAUCAGUUCUCUCGGAUUUUUGCAUUACACCACUAUCUCUCUCGGGACCCCUGAGAUGAAGUUCUUGGUGGCUCUUGAUACUGGAAGUGAUCUCUUCUGGGUGCCCUGUGAUUGCAACAAAUGCGCUCCUUCAGAAAACAUGCUUUAUAGUUCUGAUUUUGAACUGAGUGUAUACAACCCAAAUGGUUCAACUACAGGCAGAAGAGUUAGUUGUGAAAAUAGUCUUUGUGGGCAACGUAAUUUGUGCCCUGGAAGUUCUAGUCAUUGCCCAUACACAGUUUCCUACGUUUCAUCUGAAACCUCAACUUCAGGGUUUCUAAUGGAGGAUGUUCUGCACUUGAACACUGAAAACAGCGAUCAAGAAUCUGUUGACGCGUAUAUAACUUUUGGAUGUGGGCAGGUACAAACAGGUUCAUUUCUAGAUGUUGCUGCUCCAGACGGUUUAUUUGGGCUAGGAUUGGAGAGAAUAUCAGUUCCUAGCAUUCUAUCUAGCAAGGGAUAUACAGCGAAUUCAUUCUCCAUGUGUUUUGGGCACGACGGAACUGGCAGAAUUAGCUUUGGAGAUAAAGGUAGCCUUGAUCAGGAAGAGACCCCUUUGAAUAUGAACCCAUCGCACCCCACAUAUAACAUAACUGUAUCGGAAACUCGCGUUGGAACAACUCUGUUGGACUUGCAGUUCUCGGCUCUAUUUGAUUCGGGUACAUCCUUCACAUACCUGGUUGAUCCGGCCUAUACAAAACUCACAGAAAGUUUCCAUUCUCAAACGCAAGAUAGGAAGCAUCCGCCAGAUCAAAGGAUCCCAUUUGAAUAUUGUUAUGAUAUGAGUCAAGAGGCAAAUAGCAGUUUGGUGCCUACUCUUGGUCUUACUAUGAAAGGGGGUGGAAAACUAGCUGUACUUGAUCCCAUAAUAAUCAUCUCUACUCAGAAUGAACUUGUGUAUUGUCUUGCAAUAGUGAAGAGCCCUGAGAUGAACAUAAUAGGGCAAAAUUUUAUGACGGGCUAUCGCAUUGUCUUUGACCGAGAAAGGCUCAUCCUCGGGUGGAAGAAGUUCGACUGUUAUGAGACAGAGGAUCCAAGUGUGGUAAUAAAACCACAAAACUUGACUGCCAGGCCAUCAUCGGUUGAUCCUGCAGACAAAGACAGAAACAAAAAUUACUAUCCUCGGGCAGCUGCAAACAAGACCACCAGCAGCAGCAGCUCUCAAAGUCGCGGGAUUGCAUCUAAUUCCUCGUCACACCCUCCCAACAUAAUUCAUGACUUGCGCCUUUUGCUCAUCUUAUUAUUCAAUAUUAUUGUAUUCCAUAAUUUUUCAUCACCAAUUUUGGGGAAAAUCUUAUUAUUGGGUGGAAAUCUUUUCUUGUUUAGUUACAGUGGUAGAAGAUGAUAAUAAUGUCAAUAUCUCAAGACAGACAGUGUAACGAAUUUGUACAAAAUAAAUAAAUAGCUGACCUAAACACACCAGUUAUGUCUUCUA